AUGCCGCUGCUGGGCUGUGCCUCGCCUUUCGCUUUACCUCGGGUCUCGCCUGAGCGAGGGGCUCCCGCCGGGAAGGGAGGCUGCCUGCCCGGGGCGCUCGGCUGCAGCAGGUUGCAGCGUAACGACGGUAACCGCCUAAGUAAAGAAUGUCGUUGUUCAAAGCUAGAGACUGGUGGUCCACCACACUUGGAGAAAAAGAAGAAUUUGACCACGGCUGCCUGUGUGUUGCUGAUGUUGAUAACAGUGGCAGUGGACAGGUUUGCAUUUCGGAUAAAAGUCAUCAGUCCUAAUUUUAACAUUUUACACUUCUGCGGAUGUGAUAAAAUUAUUGUGGGCAGUUAUAUGGGGUAUCUCCGAAUCUUUAAUCCCCACCCUGUGAAACCUGGAGAUGGAGUACAACCUGAAGACUUGCUCUUGGAAGUGCAGUUGCGAGAACCGAUAUUGCAAGUGGAAGUGGGAAAAUUCGUUUCUGGUACUGAAGCACUUCAUCUGGCUGUGUUGCAUUGCCGAAAACUCUGUGUGUAUGCUGUUUCAGGAACUCUGGGAAAUGUGGAACAUGGGAACCAGUAUCAAAUUAAACUGAUGUAUGAGCACAAUCUUCAGAGAACUGCUUGCAACAUGACUUAUGGUCCAUUUGGUGGUGUAAAAG